GGUCGCCAACUAUAAAUGCAAAUGCACAUAAGACUCUCUCCGUCUCCCUCUCCCUUUCCCUUUCCCUUUCCCUCCCUCAGGUCUCCCUCUCCCUUUCUCUCCCUCAGGUUUAUAUAUGUAAGUGAAUCUCUCUUGCAACGUACAUCUCUUCCUUCUCUCUCUGCCGGAGCUCAAAUCUUUCGAAACCUCCAUCUCCGGUUGUGGAGAGCGGCUGCACCGCCUCCUCAAAUGGUGGGAGAAGGCAAGGAGCAGCAGCAGCCAGAGAGGGAAGUUGUGCUUACAAAGCCAUUAUCAUUAGAUAUUGGGGAGUCAGAAGGUGAUUAUAAAGCUCCUAAUCUUCUUCGACGCGUAUUAAGUCUCUUUAAAAACUUACGCCCAGGAUCAGAUCUCACUCACUUUCAGCUGCCACCAGUUUUCAACUUUCCCAAGUCCCAGCUCCAGUGUUUUGGGGAAUCAUUGUAUUGUGUUAAUAAAGACCUCUUGAGUGGGUGCAACCAAGAGAAGAACCCCUUGAACAGAUUUCUGUGUGUUGUGGGAUGGAGUAUAUGCACCAGUACACGCCCUGUUAUCUUCGGUCUUGCUCCUUACAACCCUGUUCUUGGAGAGACUCACCAUGUCUCAAGAGGGAGUCUCAAUGUUCUACUUGAACAGGUUUCUCAUCACCCACCAGUGUCUGCUCUUUAUGCGACUGAUGAAAAGGAAAAUGUCGAAACGAUUUGGUGUCAAAACCCUGUUCCCAAAUUUCAAGGUGCUUCCGUGGAAACUGUGGUGCAUGGCAAACGACAACUGAAGCUCGUAAGUAAAGGAGAAACUUAUGUGAUGAACUCACCAAAUCUCUUCAUCAGAUUUCUUCCGAUACCUGGUGUUGAUUGGGUUGGCAAUGUUAAAAUUCAUUGCAAGGAGACUGGCCUUGAAGCAGAUUUAUGCUAUAAAACAGAUUCCUUUUUAGGCCUCAGAGGAAAGCCGCGAUAUAUUAAAGGGAAGAUCUAUGAUUUCUCAACUUCUAAGAUUCUUUAUGAGAUUGAGGGACAAUGGGACAGAACUGUAACAGCAAAGGAUGUUAAUAAUGGGAAAUGUACAGUGAUAUACAAUGCAAAAGAAAUCAUUUCUGGCCUUAAAACACCUACUACAAAGGAUUCACAGGAGGUGUGGCCAAGUGAAUCAGCAGUAGUUUGGAGUGAGGUGAGCCAAGGUAUAUUGAGCAAAGACUGGGAGAAAGCAAGAGAAGCAAAGAAAACCGUCGAGGAGAAACAGAGGGAGCUCUUAAGAGAAAGAGCCUCAAGGGGAGAAACUUGGGUUCCCAAGCACUUCACUGUGACUUAUACUAAGGAAGGUGGUUGGGACUGUUCGCCAAUUCAAAAUUCCGUCCCACCGGCGCCCAUUUCUGUGCCUCUAUGAUAUAUGUUGCCUUGCCAACUGACUGAAUACAGCAUUUCAUUUCUUAUUCAUAAGUGAUUGGGGUUCUUGGUAUAAGCUAGUAACUUCUUGAUUAGCAAUGCUGGACGGAGUUUGGUUCAGAUUUUUCCCAUAAAAGUUAGUCAACCAGUAUUGUUGCUUCUCUGUAUCAGUUUAUUCUUCUGUUGGAUGCUAAUGAAUUUCAAAGUUUUUUUGAUAUUA